GAGGCUGAGCCCCUGCUGGCCAGUCGCCGUCGGGAGCCCUGCAGCCGCCGCAAUGGGGAUGUCCAAGUCAUGGGCUUGCUUUGGCUAUCCACUGAGCAUCUUCUUCAUCGUGGUCAAUGAGUUCUGUGAGAGGUUCUCCUACUAUGGGAUGCGAGCGAUCCUGGUGCUGUACUUCCGAAACUUCCUCAGCUGGGAUGACGACCUGUCCACCGCCAUCUACCACACGUUCGUCGCCGUGUGCUACCUGACUCCAAUCCUCGGAGCCCUGAUCGCAGACUCGUGGCUGGGGAAGUUCAAGACGAUUGUCUCCUUAUCCAUCGUCUACACCAUUGGGCAAGCGGUGCUCUCCGUGAGCUCAAUUAAUGACCUCACGGACCACAACCACGACGGCACUCCUGACAGCAUUCCUGCGCACGUAGCCCUGUCCAUGAUUGGCCUGGCCCUGAUAGCCCUUGGCACAGGAGGGAUCAAGCCCUGUGUGUCUGCCUUCGGGGGAGAUCAGUUUGAAGAGGGACAGGAGAAACAGAGAAACCGGUUCUUUUCCAUCUUUUAUUUGGCCAUCAAUGCGGGAAGCCUGCUCUCCACCAUCAUCACACCCAUCCUUAGAGUUCAGCAAUGUGGAAUCCACAGCCAGCAAGCUUGUUACCCGCUGGCCUUCGGGGUCCCGGCGGCUCUCAUGGCUGUUGCCCUAAUUGUGUUUCUCCUGGGCAGUAGACUGUACACGAAGUUCCAGCCCCAGGGCAACGUCAUGGGCAAAGUGGCCAAGUGCAUUGGUUUUGCCAUCAAAAACAGGUUUCGGCAUCGCAGUAAGGCAUUUCCCAAGAGGGAGCACUGGCUAGACUGGGCCAGAGAGAAGUACGACGAGCGGCUCAUCGCACAGAUUAAGAUGCUCACGAAGGUGCUCUUCCUGUACAUUCCCCUCCCCAUGUUCUGGGCGCUGUUCGAUCAGCAGGGUUCCAGGUGGACGCUGCAAGCAACAACCAUGUCUGGGAAAAUUGGAGCAAUUGAAAUCCAGCCAGACCAGAUGCAGACUGUGAACGCCAUCUUGAUUGUCAUCAUGGUCCCCAUCAUGGAUGCCGUGGUGUACCCUCUCAUUGCAAAAUGUGGUUUAAAUUUCACCUCCCUGAGGAAGAUGACAGUUGGCAUGUUCCUGGCUUCCAUGGCCUUUGUGGUGGCUGCAGUUGUGCAGGUGGAAAUUGAUAAAACUCUUCCAGUCUUCCCUGGCGGAAAUCAAGUCCAGAUUAAGGUCUUGAACAUAGGCAACAAUAACAUGAUGGUGUCCUUUCCUGGCGAGACCGUGACACUUGGCCAAAUGUCUCAAACAGACAAGUUCAUGACUUUUGAUGCAGACAAGCUGACGAGCAUCAAUGUGACUUCCUCUGGCUCCCCCGUCACUGAAGUGCUUCACAGGUUUGAGCAGGGCCAUCGGCACACCCUCCUGGUGUGGGCCCCCAACAACUACCGCGUGGUACAAGACGGGCUUAACCAGAAGCCAGAAAAGGGAGAAAAUGGAAUCAGAUUUGUCAGCACCCUUAAUGAGAUGGUCACCAUCAAAAUGAGUGGGAAAGUGUACGAAAACGUCACCAGUUACAAUGCCAGCGGUUAUCAAUUUUUCCCUUCUGGCGUAAAAGACUUCACAAUAAACUCCACAGAGGUUGCACCUGGGUGUCCACAUGAUUUUAAAUCUUCCAACCUCGACUUCGGCAGUGCAUAUACCUAUGUGAUCCAAAAGGGGAGUGACGGCUGCCUGGAGGUGAAGGAAUUUGAAGACAUUCCACCCAACACAGUAAACAUGGCUCUGCAGAUCCCCCAGUACUUCCUGAUCACCUGUGGCGAGGUGGUCUUCUCUGUCACGGGGCUGGAGUUCUCCUAUUCCCAGGCUCCGUCCAGCAUGAAGUCCGUGCUGCAGGCUGGCUGGCUGCUCACUGUGGCGGUUGGCAACAUCAUCGUGCUCAUUGUGGCCGGGGUUGGGCACUUCGGUCAGCAGUGGGCGGAGUACGUGCUGUUCGCCUCAUUGCUUCUGGUCGUGUGUAUCAUUUUUGCCAUCAUGGCUCGGUUCUACACCUACGUCAACCCAGCUGAGAUCGAGGCUCAGUUCGAUGCAGAAGAGAAGAAACAGGGUGCUGGGAAGGACACCCCACACUCCGCAUCGGAACCUGUGUCACAGACAAACCUGUGAUGGACAGAAGGCAAGAGAGGAACCCACAAGCACCCUGCCCGUGCGCCGGGGACAGUGCACAUCAGUGACCACCGCAGAGCCGUGAGGCACAGCAGCCGCUUUCUGAGCUGCCCACCGCCAAUCAGGAGCCUUUCCAAAUUUUCAGCUUUUUGGUUUUCAAGACGGGGUUUCUCUGUGUAGACUCACCAGGCUACGCUCAAACUCACAGAGAUCCUCCUGCCUCUCCCUGCUGAGUGCUGGGAUUACAGGCGUGCACCACCACAUCAAGCUGAAAUAUUAUUUAAAACAUGCACUUUUUUAAAAAAACACUGGGCCAUGUUUUACAGUUCUGCCACAGAAGGAAACUCAGUUCACACUAACUUAAUUUUUUCUAACAUUUUUAUGAAAGCAAUGUUGAAUUUACAGAGGGCUUUUUAAGAAUAGUAUGUAGUGAACAUCGGCUGAUUUGGGCUAAUAACUUUACCUUGGGCUUUGUUGUUUGUUUUUCUAGCUUUGCUUCCCUGCCUCUUUUUAGAUUAUGUAUAACUCAAAACACUAUUGAAGCGAAGCUUACUCAUGAGUUGGGCUACACUGGUAUCAAGUAAAGUCUUGUUUUGUUUUGUUUUCGGUUUGGGUUUGAUUUUGAUAUUUUUUUCAAGGCAAGGUUUCUCUGUGUAGCCCUGGCUGUCCUGGACUCACUCUGUAGACCAGGCUAGCCCUGAAUUCAGAGAGAUCGGCCUGCCUAUGCCUCCCUGAGUGCUGGGAUUAAAGGUGUGCCCUACCACAGCCCAGCUUAAAUUUUUGUUCCUAAAAAUAUCUGCUUGUGAGUCUCUGGGUAUGGUAGGAAACCUUUCCUGCCCGAUCUGGUUAUACUGUUGAUAUGUGCUCAUUAAAAUGUCUUCAGAAACCGACAAAGCAUUAACAAAAGCAAAACCCACACAGGGUAAACCCUGGGCACAAGAGACACCCACAUUUAUCGCUUCUUGGUCCUGUGUUUUUCUCAGGGAAAUAAAGAAAAAAUCUUUGACAACUAA